UUUAAUGCAUACUUUAAAGAUGGCCCUCAAUUAGAAAGCCCUUUUCAAGGGACAAAUCUACCUCAAAAUUUGGGCCCUAUGUUUUUGUUUUCAGGUUUGUACAUUUCAUUGCAGGGUAAAAGCAUUAUUAGUACUAUUAUUGAUAUUACAGUAAAAAUUUUAUACUAAUAACUUAUUGCCAUGAGUUGGGUUGAAGCACUAAAGAAAAGGAAUGCAAAGAUUUUGAAGGAAAAAGAGGUCAAAACAGCAGAGGAACAGGAAGAGGAGGAAGAAAAGUUGAUGACAAAGUAUUAUGUUGAAUACAAAGAAAAGUUGUACUGCAAAUCUGCAAAUAAUGCUGGUGCAAAUUCAAUUCCACGAUUCUAUUUUAAGCUGCCAACGGAUGAUGAUGUUUUACAGCAAAAACUACGAGAGGAAUCACGGGCAGUUUUUCUUCAACGCAAAAGCAGAGAAUUAUUGGAUAAUGAAGAAUUGCAUUCUUUGUGGAACUUAUUGGAGAAGCAUAGCCAACCACCAUCUGUAGGAGAUGAACAGAUGAUUAACUACCAUGGCUUCCUGAAAGUGAAAGAUGAAGCAGGUCCAAAAUGCAGUCAAUUCUUCAAGCCCAUCACUUACAUCAAACUGUAUCAGAAAGACACAUUCGGAAGAAUAUCCAUUAUGCAGUUCUUUAAUUAUGUUAUGAGAAAAGUUUGGUUGUAUCAAACACGAAUUGGUUUGAGCUUGUACGAUGUAGCAGGUCAAGGUUUUCUGCGAGAAUCAGAUCUAGAAAAUUAUAUUUUGGAAUUAAUCCCCACUUUACCUCAGCUUGAUGGAUUGGAGAAGAACUUUUAUUCUUUCUAUGUGUGUACAGCUGUUCGGAAAUUUUUCUUCUUCUUGGAUCCAAAGAGAACUGGUAAAAUUAAAAUUCAAGAUAUACUUUCAUGCAGUUUCUUAGAUGAUCUACUCGAGCUUCGUGAUGAAGUUUUGUCGAAAGAAAAACAAGAGUCAAAUUGGUUUUCAGCCCCUUCUGCACUAAGAGUUUAUGGCCAAUAUCUUAACUUGGACACGGAUCAUAAUGGAAUGCUCAGUAAGGAGGAGCUAAAAAGGUAUGGUACAGGAACGCUAACCAACGUUUUCUUAGACCUCGUGUUUCAAGAAUGUUUAACUUAUGAAGGAGAGAUGGAUUACAAAACCUAUCUGGAUUUUGUACUUGCGUUAGAGAAUAAGCGAGAACCUCAGGCGUUGCAGUAUCUGUUUAAAAUACUAGAUGUACAGCACAAUGGUUUCUUGAACACAUUUGCUAUCAAUUAUUUCUUUCGAGCCAUUCAACAAGAGAUGGAGAAGCAUGGGCACGAGCAAGUUUCUCUGCACGAUGUAAAGGAUGAAAUAUUUGAUAUGGUCAAGCCAGUCGAUCCACUUCAUAUAACUCUACCCGACUUAAUCAACAGUUCUCAAGGUGACACCGUGGUUAACAUUCUAAUAGAUGUGAAUGGAUUUUUAACGUACGAAAAUCGUGAAUUACUUGUGCUGGAAGAUAAUGAAGAUGUUAUUUAACGUUCUUUGGGUAAUUAAAGUUGAGAAAUCUGCGAACCACAACCUCGCAUACCGUUGCUGUCAGUAUUGUUCAACAGUUGCGAAAUUUACAAUGAGCUUUAUCAACAGUGUUAGCUUUGGCCAAGGAUAGUUUAUCUCCUGACUCAAUCAAAUAGAAAGCAAUAUAUGAUGCAACUCUUAAAACAGAUACAAGAUUUAUCAAACUAUUUAUUUGUACAUACAUAUAUAUUCAAAAUAAUGUUCCUUAACAGGA